CCAGGAAAUCGACGUCUGCGGCGCAGCCGCCCGGCCUAGCUUGGCUCUGGGGCGGUGCUGGGCCCGGGCAUGCAGGGCAUCCCAAAACUGCCCAAGGGGGUCCUGUUGGCCCUGGGCCUGCUCCUUACUAUACUGCUGUACCUGGGACUGCCUGGUAUCCCCCAGCCCCUCAUCUGGACCUGGGACAGCGACAAUGUCACCAUCCUGGCUGGCCUUACACACAGCAACUCUUCAGUCUUCUACCGGGAGGUACAGCCCCUUCACAAGCCCCACAGGAUUGAAGUGGUGUUACUACAUGGGAAGGCCUUUACUUCACACAUCUGGCAGCAGCUGGGAACACUGGAGAAACUGUCCCGAAGGGGAUACCGAGCCAUUGCUCUAGACCUCCCUGGUUUUGGGAACUCCUUCCCCUCCCCUGCAGCCAGCACAGAGGCUGGACGGGCAGAUCUCCUGGAUCACAUCCUGCAGGACCUGGAGGUCAAAAACCCAGUGUUGGUCAGCCCCUCCUUGAGCGGCCUCUACUCUUUGCCCUUCCUGAUGCGUACUCACCGGCAGCUUUGUGGAUUUGUCCCCAUUGCUCCCACCUUCACCGAGAACUAUACGCAGAAGCAGUUCUCGGCCAUCAAGACACCCACACUUAUCGUAUAUGGAGCUCUAGACAAAGGCCUGGCCCAGGAGUCUCUGCAGAAGCUUCGAUACCUCCCCAACCACUCAACAGUGAAGUUGCAGGAUGCUGGCCAUGCUUGUUACCUCCAUCAGCCCCAUGACUUCCACAACGCCCUGCUGACCUUCCUGGACAAGCUGCCCUGAAGGCUGCAUCUCUGUGAUGACCCUCCUGUCUCUGGGUGGAGCAGGGUGGGCCCAGGAAUCCCCGGAGACUGGGGUAGGGUUCAGCGGACCUUCGCAAGACAAUGCAUGCCAGUACCACAGAGGUAGACAAGGCUGAAGGCUGGUGGAACUGGGAACUUGUGGUUGCCCUCUAGGGGCCUCGCCAGCCCCCGCUCACUUGGACUUAAAUAAAUGAACUUUGUCUGCUU